GCUUCUAAGAGUCCCACUUGCAAUUGUGCCUGCGAAGACAGCCAGUGCAAGUCAAAAGCGGGAUGCUAUGGCGAUUUGAGAAGUCGCCAUGCCUCUCGCGAAACCUCCAAUGCUUGCAGAGACACGGCCUGGGAGCGAAAACAGUCAAACGUUCUUUCCACCAUACACGUCCUGUCCGUACCCCGACGAACGAAGCAACGUCGCCUCCUCUGCAGGCUGUCCGCCAUGCUACCCUUGUCGAUAAGAGCAAGUUGUACGAGGCUGGAUCAGACAACGCCAUAGUCAAGGUUGUAGGGCUAGUUCGCAGCGUGCGGAAGCAGAAAAAUGUUGCAUUUGCCCGGGUCGCAGACGGAUCUACACUGGGUAGUGUGCAAGCUGUCUUUCCUCAUCCCAACAUAGCAAAAGACAUCACGAAUGGGGCGUAUGUUUCGUUGAUUGGAAAAUGGGUGGCUUCACAAGGUGCCGGCCAGAGUCAUGAACUGCUGGUGCACGAGAUCGAGACUAUAGGAGAAAGCAACCCUUUGGUGAGUGUACAAGGAUGAUAAGGUGUCUCUGAUUGCUAAGGCUUGCGGAGGAAAACCCGAUCCAGAAGCAGUCUAUGACUGCUGAGUUCCUGCGCACCGUUCCUCAUCUUCGCAUGCGCACGGCUUUUCAAUCUCUCCUCGUUCGAGUCCGAAGUCAGUUGACUGCAGCGGUGUCUUCGCAUUUCAACAAUCGUUCCGAACCCGUCUACCAGGUCCAUCCUCCUCUGAUCACAUCUUCCGACUGCGAAGGCGCAGGCGAAGUCUUUACAAUAACCCCACGAAGCAAGGAGAUUCCAAGAUACAUUCCGCCCAACACGUCCAGGGAGCAGGAGAAACUGUACUUUCGAGAGCCAAAAUACCUCACAGUCUCCUCGCAGUUACAUCUCGAGGCUUAUUCGGCGCAGUUAGGAGACGUCUUUGCCCUAUCACCCACCUUCCGUGCUGAGGAGAGUGAUACGCCACGCCAUCUAGCAGAAUUUUAUAUGCUUGAAGCGGAACACCGAGGUAUCACGUUCGACGAUCUACUAGGAUGUGUACGGUCGCUGGUCGUGGAUUUGACGGAAUCACUUCAGUCACACCAAACAGGCAAAGAACUUCUGCAGUAUUACGAGGAUCAUAAACACCGUCCUGAUGAGGUCGAUUUCAUCGACCUUGAGGAACGAUGGAGCCGGCUCACAGGACCCUGGCAUACGGUGACUUAUACUGCGGCCAUUGAGGCUUUGAAGGAUGCUCAUGAAGCAAGUGGUCGAACACUGUUCGUCAACAGACCUCAUUGGGACUGGGGCUUGCAACUUGAGCACGAACGGUGGAUUGUUGAAAAUGUUGCGAAAGGCAAGCCGGUCUUUGUGACGCACUAUCCGAGGGCCAUCAAGCCCUUCUAUAUGCUGCCUUCAGCAAUCACACCCACCUCAGAGCAGCAUUGGGUGCCUGCCGACAAUAACACAGAUCCCGAAGAGACAGUUGCGUGUUUUGAUCUGCUGCUCCCCUACGGAUACUGUGAAGUGGUCGGAGGAAGUCUCAGAGAGCACCGCCUAGAGGAUCUCAUUCGGAACAUGCGCUCGAAGGGCCUUUUGAAGAGCGUCGAUCCAACAAAUGGCACCGAAUAUCCAUUCCUCGAGCCUGGAGAGUCCCUCGGUACAUUGAGAUGGUAUGCUGAUCUCAGACGGUUCGGCAGCAAUCCUCACGGUGGCUAUGGUUUGGGAUUCGACAGGCUGUUAGCAUAUUUGACAGGUGUGGCCAAUGUGCGCGACGUUGUUGGGUUUCCCAGAACAUGGGGUCGCGCAGAUUGUUAAACGACUUGUGGGCCCAAUUGAGGAUGUCACCUUGUUCCCCCGGCUGAAGAAGUCAUGAUUUCAGAAUUUUGUAUGAAUACAACACAUUUUUCACCUCCUCGACUUGUCCAUGCUAUGGACUUCAAGG